CCGGCAAGAGGUGGUCGAGGCGCAGGGGAGCCCCGAGGCUCCUUCAUAAAAGGGCGCCAAGACCCGGGUCCAUCCGCUUCUUUGACUUCUUUGUCGCUUUCGCGUUUUCUUUCAUCGGAUUUUUGGUCGCUUCGGAAGUUCUUCGAUUUCGGCACUUUCUCGCUCUCUCCAUACUUGUACAUACAUACACAGGAGGUCCCCCGCCAGCCCUGCCCGCCAGCCAGGAGUGAUCCGCAAAACUGCGAUCGGCAAGAUGGCUGGACAGGCAUUUAAAUUUGGAACUGACCUUUGGGACCCAACCCAUCGGUUCGAGACUUCGUGGCUGCUCUCGCCCUGGGCGCUCUUCUUCUGUCGAGCUCUUCUCUCCCUCUAUGCCUUCACCACCCUCGUCUUCGUGCUAGCCUGGCAAUGCGCCCACGCCGACACGGGCUGCGCGGCGUCCCAAGCGUCCUUCAGCUUCUUCACCAGCCUGACCUACUGGGGCCUGGGCUUCUACUUCCUCGCGGCGGCCGUGCACACCUUCACGUACGCGCGGACCGGGGUCGCGCUCCUGGACCGGUUCCCGCGGCCGCUGCAGGCGCUGCACUCGGCCUUCUACACGACGGUGGUGGUGUACCCCUUCAUCGUGACCAUCGUCUACUGGGGCGUGCUGUUCUCGGGCCCCUGGUUCCCCGAGGUGUUCAGCGGCUGGAGCAACGUGUCGCAGCACGCGCUCAACAGCGCCUUCGCCCUCUUCGAGCUCGCCCUCCCGCGCACCGACCCGCCCCCGCCCCUGCACAUGCUCUGGCUGAUACUGGUCCUCGCCCUCUACCUCGCCCUCGCCUACGUCACCUACGCCGACAAGGGCUUCUACCCCUACAGCUUCCUCGACCCGGAGAAGCAAGGCUCGCUGGUUGCUGCGUACGUCUUUGGUAUCGCCGUGGGGUGCAUCGUCAUCUUUGGUGUCGUUUACGGCCUCAUCUGGCUGCGUAGGUUUGUUACCGAGACGAAGCUGGGGAAGCACGGGAAGUUCGCGAGGGAGGGGCAUAGCCCGGACGCGGUCGGGGAGAUGGAGAUGGCUAAGCCGCCGCGCGCGUGAGCGAGCCAGGCUCUC